UAAAGUCCGUCCAGGAUCGAGGAAGAAAAGGAAACAUCACAACAACAAGAGGAGUCGAGGGCACAUUUUUUACCAAGGAGCCGUGGGAGGAAAAUGAAAGUCCUGUUGGAUCUGUGCUUGGUUUUCCUCACGCUGCACAGCCCGGGCACUGUGCUGUCCCUGUCCACACAUGUAGCGAUCAUCUACCCCCAGGACCCCGUCCUCCGCAUGGGGUCCAACCUGACGGCCAGCUGCUGGAUCCACCCCGACCUCGGCGUCCACGCCAACUCUCUGUUCUGGACGCUGAACGGUCAACAGCUGCCCAGCUCCAUCUACAGAGUGCUGAGUCCGACCAACCUCAGUGUGACGCUGGCCGGACUCAACGCCUCCAGGCAAACGUCCGGAGACAACCUGGUGUGUCACAACCACAAGGGGCACAUCUUAGCCGGCUCCUGCCUCUACGUCGGGAUGCCUCCAAAGAGGCCGGUCAAUCUGACCUGCUGGUCCAGGAACACCAAAGACCUGACUUGCAGCUGGGCCCCAGGAGGAAAGGGAGAGACCAACAUUAGUACCCAGUACACGCUGAAGUUCAGACUCAGGUGGCACGGUAAAGAGAAGGAGUGUGAGGAUUACACUCACACGCAGCCGUACUCCUGCAGCAUCACCCGAGACCUGCACCUCUUCACGCCCUAUGAGAUCUGGGUGGAGGCCUCCAACCAGCUGGGGCGGGCCACAUCUGAUGUCAUCACCCUUGACAUCCUAGACGUAGUGACCACGGACCCUCCGUCAGGUGUCAUGGUGAGUCGCGUUGGGCAACUGGAGGACCAGCUGAGCGUCCGCUGGGAGGCUCCGCCUGCCCUCAAGGACUUCCUGUUUCAGGCCAAGUACCAGAUCCGCUACAGACUGGAGGAAAGCCAGGACUGGAAGGUGAUGGAUGACGUCGGGAACCAGACCUCUUGUAGACUGGCCGGACUCAGACCUGGAACUGUUUAUUUUGUCCAGGUCCGCUGUAACCCCGUGGGCAUCUACGGCUCUCGCAAAGCUGGGAUCUGGAGCGAGUGGAGCCAUCCCACCGCUGCAUCCACACCCCACAGUGAGCGGCUGAUGUCAGGCUCCUGCGACUCCAAGUCCAGCGGCGACUCCAACUCCACCCUGCGCAGGGAGCUGAAGCAGUUCUUCGGCUGGGUGCGGAAACACGCCUACGGCUGCAGCAGCAUGUCCAUGAAGCUGUACGACCAGUGGAGAGUGCUGAUGCAGAAAUCCCACAAAACUCGCAACCAGGUAGGUUCUCCAAGGGGAUAAAUCCUAGCACAUGCUGCCUUUCACAGGCACAAAACAAGUCAAGAAAAGAACUGAGUGCGUGUGAUUUGUUGCUUUUGUCUUUCUGUGUAUGAGGAAUGAGAAAGAGAUUGUAUUCGUAUAUGGGAAUUAUAAAGACAAUUUGUUCUGGACACUUUGUGCGGAUGCCGGCAAUGAAACGUGAGAGGACAUCCAAAGAGAAGCGAUGGGAUUUUUCUCUGCCGGUCGAGGUGCGAGCUCUGUUUUUCGCCUGCAAACAUGUUCCGCUGGCAAGGACUGAGGAGGGUGGACGCGUCACGGAUAUCCUGGUAUCACGUGGACUACUCUGCUUUCACACAGGAAACUGUAGCAUGAAUAACUUGGACACCAGUUAAAGACGUUUGACAUGUGCCGGCUCUAAACGUGCACAGGGGUGGUCGGAAACAGAUCCAAGCAAAGCAGGAGCAUGUGAAAAGUAUUCUGUGACCUUUUAUUGGAGGUUUCUCCUGUGGAUUCAAAGCACCAUCUAGUGGCUGUUCAACACCCAUGGACUCUCCCACCAAAAGCUUCAUGAAAACGGGGAAAAAGAAAAGUACCAAAUUAUCAUUCAGUAUUUGUAAUUCAUGCUUUGUUAUAUAAGUGGAUAAUGUGCCAAACUGGUUCAUCCAGGAUUCCUCCGUUUCCGAGUGACUGAUGACGUGAUGAUGGUGUUUGGGUAUGGAAACUUUUUCACCGCCUUUAUUUUUGUACUGAGUUGAACCAGCAUAUUUAAAACUGUAUAAAGUUACGUUUUAUUUCUUAAGUUAUGUUUAGUUAGU